AUGCCCACAUUUUUCCAAUUGCUCAUUUUAACUUUGGCGUUGGCGUCGGCAACACCAAAAACCACCGCCAAUGUCUACUCGAUCGACGACAAUUUGGUGUUCGAAAAUCCGAGUAAUAAUGGACAAGAGGUUUUCGAGAAAAUGGUGAGAUUUUUGCGAUUUUUCGGGGGUAAAACCAGAGACUUUUGGACCACUUGCAAUGAUCCGAUCGGGACCAAACUUUGCAGACUUCUUGAACUUGGAUGGGAGUAUGUUGGCUCCAAGUUUCCGACCGAUCGGACCAUCCGGUCCCGAGAUAUAUGGAAUCAAAGGCCAAUCUCGGCCGUGAAACGGUUUGAAACUUGGACCCAAUGCACUUCAACAUGUUUCUAGGAAAAUACCAUUCCGAAUCAUUACAAUCAUAAAAAAAAAUACAACACAAAAAGCAUACAAACCGAACAUUUUGCAGGCCAUCGAUCCGUCGACGACACGGGUUUUCGUGGGUGCCGUCAACAAUAUCUACGAUUUGACGAGCGCCGAUUUGACGGUUCGGCGACACGUUCAGACGGGUCCCGCCGACGAUUCGCCGCUUUGUCGCGGUACGACGUUUUUAAAUGAUUGACUAAAGAAAUGGCUGAAAAACGGUCUUGCGACACAAAUUCCCACGGGAAAAGGAAAGUGCGCAUUUCUUUUUGGGGGUGCUUAAAAUGAAUGUGUCGCCGCGAUUUUGUUUCCGAUUUUCUAAAGACCAGCUCAAUUUUGAGGGACUUUGCCUCAAAAACAUGUUUUUUUUCAAUCUACGACCUAAAAUUCCGAUGCAACAGCUAGGCCAUCUGGAGCACCCGGAAAAUGACAAAUUAGUGGUCCUGCGGGGACGGCGCAUGAGUGCCUUCCCCGUCCCGCUUGUGGACGGAUAACCCUAAUUACCAUAAUCCGUCCUCCUCUUCUCGCGCAUCGUUUAAUUCACUUCAUCUUAUUUUGACGUCGACGACGACGAAGACGACGACGACGUCUUCUGCCUCCGAAUCAGAAGAAAUUGUUGAGGGGAUUUAGUUGGAUUUGCGCGUCGACAAAGAUGUGUGAAGUGGCGCCACCGCCCAUUGUUCUUUCCAAUUUUCGAUGACGUUUUUGAGAGGGAUUCUUCAGAUUAGCGCCUUUUUUUGGUUGGAGAUCGAUGCGGAAGAGGAAGGAUCUGAAAAAAAAUGGGGAUCUCUAAGGUUUUACCUGAAAAAGUACUUUUGGAAGGGAACGGUAUAGGGAAUUGAAAUUUUGGUACUACUAUACCAAAAUAUAGAAUUUUGGGGCCUAGGUCAGUAGUAAAUCCAAGCCUGGGCGAGCGGCAGAAAAGCGAUUAGUGUGCGAAACAGUUUCGCGUCUUUCAUAAAGAAUAAAACCAAGAUUAAAAAAAUUUCAAUUGUUUGCAGACGCCCGCAACCGCGAAGAAUGCCGUCAUCAGCUGUCCCGGACGAAUUCGCACACGAAAGCUAUGGCGGUGUACGAUAAAUCGUCGAAACUGAUCGAGUGUAGCAAUCUUUAUCAGGUACACUUUUUCUUGUUGCAAUUUUUCAAAAUAUGUACAAAGUUUGACUGUUCUCCUCGAAUUUCUGCGCUAUAAAGUAACAAUUAAUUUUGUGCAAUUUCCAGGGUCGUUGCCGUCUCCGGAAUCUGCACAACAUCUCGGAAGUGCUGUCGGAGGCGAUCGAACCGCGCGUCUCCAACGAUUCCACCUCGUCCGUCGUCCUUUUCGUCGGUCAGGGACCCGCGAAUCUCACCAAUGAGCCGGUUUUGUACGUCGGAGCGACUAUCGGCAGUGGGGUACGUGUAUUUCUGACAAAGAUUUGUGAAAAAAGAAAAAAGAAGAAAAAAAGCGCACUGUAGUGAUAAUUUUUAAAAAAAAUUUACUGUUUCAAACAUUUAUUGCACCGGAUGAGGACUAAAUUUUAGUUGCUUACAUUUCUAAUAAAUUCUUGCAGGACCAUGACCGAAUGUCGGUCUCCUCGCUAUUUUUGCGCUCGCCAAAAGCGUUCGAAGUCGUGUUUCCGGGACUUUACGGUGGAACGCACGUCUCGUUGGACUACAGAAGUCGCGGAUAUUACAAAUAUCAGUGGGUUACUUUUUAAAAAGGAUUUUCAAAACGAUAUUUUCGUUGUUUGCGUUUGCAGAAUCGACUACGUGAACGGCUUCGAAUCGGGCGAGUAUGCGUAUUUCGUGACGCGCCAACGCAAAAAUAUCCACGACGACGGUGCGGUUCAGUCGAGACUGACACGUGUUUGCACCGGCGACAAGAACUUUCACAGCUACACCGAGGUACGCUUUUUUAAAGAGAAUUUCUAGAGUGCCACACUAAAAAUCGAUAACCGCGUGUACUACCUCUCUAAAACACACAAAAAAUAAUAGAGAAAAAUGUUGAGGUACCCAUGGAAUGCACUGCGAACGGAGUGGACUUCAAUCUGGUUCAGGAUGUGUACGUGACACGUGCCGGUUACGAAUUGGCAAAAUCUCUGGACAUUAGGUAACUUUUUCUGGAAAAUUCUACACUGUUUAACGGACUUUUUUUGCUGCAGCAUAAGCGACCCGGUAUUGUACGGAGUGUUCUGGGAGGGCGACAAAAAUUCGUAUCGAUCGCAGGAGCCGACCGGAAAAUCGGCGAUUUGUAUGUUCACGAUGAAAGAGGUGGAGACGGCGUUCAAGCAGAACAUUAUGAAGUGCUAUAAGGGCACUUCCGGACUCAAAAAGGUAAUUUCUGUCUAUUUAAUUCUAACAUAAAAAAAUUUGCUUCAAAACAAAGACGAUUGAUACUAUGAACAGCUAGUUUUAAAAUUCAUUUUUUGAGGAGUGCUGUUAGGAGAACUUAAAAUAAUUAUUGAUUAGACCUAGACCGGUAUAAAGAAAAUUAAAUAGUUAGUUACUUUUUGGAUCUCAUUUUUCGUACAGUAAUUAAAGCAUCCGGCUAAACAAAGUUUUGAAGCAAAUCGCUUUAUGGAAUUGAAUUUAUGAAACUGCAAAAAAUUGGUAUUCUUCCAGAACCUUCCCUGGUUCUCCUCCAACGACGAUUGCCGCUUCACCACACUACCGUGGGAGGGAAUAAAGUGCGGAAAAGAUGUGAACUCGAAAAUCGGUCAGUUUCGAGUGUGAAAAAAGUGAAAUGUUAUUUGUUCCAGGCGGUGACAUGCCCAUCUCGACGUUUGCCACGUUUGUGCUCGACGACGACUCGCUUCUCACCUCAAUCGCCAUCAAUACGACGCGUUCGAGUACGGUCGCAUUUGUGGGAACGCAAGGAGGCAAAUUGCACAAGGUUAGUGAAUUUUCUUGAUUUUUCGACAUUUUCCUCUUGCAGAUUCUCAUUGAGAACAAGCGGAGCGCGGAAAAGUACGCGACAGAGCUGUUGACGGAAAACGAGCCGAUUCUGGCGGAUAUGGAGUUUAGCGGCGACGGAAAACACAUUUUUGUGCUCACGCCGAGCAAGGUGAGCGCGUUUUUCGAGUGAUAACCCUGGGCUUUUUGACACCCACUCGCAAUAAUCAAUGAUCCGAUCGGGCGAAAAAUGCAACAUACUUUUGCAGGUAAUCAAAAUGCCGACGUCUCGUUGCGAAGCCCUCUCCACCCAGUGCGACGGGUGUCUUUCGUCGCGAGACCCCUAUUGUGGCUGGUGUGUGAGCAACAAUCACUGUACGCAGGAGGAAUCUUGCGAGAGGGAAGUGCCGCACACCGCCCGCGGAUGGCUCGAUUUUCAGAAUUCGAAAUGUCCGAGGUUGGCGAUUUGCUGGGGAAAAUUACGUGUGGUUUUUUUGUUAUUGUUGCAGAAUCCGAAGCGUGAAACCGGAUCAGAUCCAGAUCAACACGGCCGACUACCUAAACGUGACGAUCGAGAACCUGCAGGCGCCGAAAGGCCGUCGCAUGCAGUGUCUCUUCCAGUUUCCGACCGGAGACGCCGUCGUCUCCGAGCCGAUGCCGUUCGACGGAAGUCUGAAGUGCGCGACGCCGCCGAUGGACACACUCCCGCGCAUUCCCAACAACGAGUUCCAUUUGGCCGCCAAACUCGUCGUCGUUUCGGAUGGUACAACGCUUCUUUUUAAUUAAAAGUCUAUCAUUUUUCUCCGCUUCCAGGCAGUAAACUCCCACUGGCCACCACCAAUUUUUCGUUCUACGACUGCAGCCGCUACUCGUCGUGCUCCACGUGCUCUGCCAGCCAAUUUCCCUGCGAUUGGUGCCUCGAAUCGAACGAGUGUGUGGCCGGAAAACUGACAGAGGACAAGUGUCGCAAGCAGCACAUUGUCAACGGGCUCAACGUCAGUUUUAAAAGUUUGAAAGGAACUCUAAAAAACGCCCAAAAAAAACGCCCUGAAAACUCUUCCCCCUUGCACUUUGACAAUCUGUUCUGACGUUAAAAUCCGGAAAAGAUCAUAUGGCCUUGGAUUUUUCGAGUAAGACGCAAUUCAAACAGACACACAUAAACUCGUAGAGCUCCCUGGUUCUUUGUAAAUUGCAAGAAAGUGAGAACGCAACAUUUCAAUUUCAGCGCGACGGCUCUUCGAUCCGAAAAGGGCCGAGCAAGUGUCCGCACAUUGUGGCGCCCGUCUCGAAAAUGUCGGUGGCGGCCGGUGAACGACGGAAUAUCAGUGUCAAAGUGGGUUUUCUUAAGAAAAAUAGGGAGUGCCUACAAUGAUCGCCGGCACUUUUUCAGAUCGAAAACGCGGAUCCGUCGUUUAUGGGCGAUUUUAAGUGCGAAUUCAAGUACGCGACGGUGACGCACGAGAAAAUUGCGAUGAGAACGACGGACGACACUAUUACGUACGAUUUUCUUUUUCGAGAGAAAUUUGUCUGAAAAAUCAUCAUUUGUGCUUCAGAUGCGACGAGAUGCUCUUCGAACCCUACGGCUCCGCGCUUCUGGGCUCCGGCUCGACGGCCUUUGGUUUCAACGUCAUCUGGUCGCCCGUCGGCUCGUCUUCCUCAAUUUCCGCCCGAAAAUCGUCGAAUCCACCGCGAUACCUCGACAACGUCGAUAAUCUGACGAUCGACGUGUAUUCGUGCGAGAAUUUGGCGGCAAACUGCGGAAAAUGUCUGACUUUGGACGCGGACAAGUACGAUUGCGGAUGGUGUGGCGGCGUGGCGUCGGGCAAGUGCGCUCGACCGCACUCGUGCCCGAAAACGCCGGGAAACUGGCUGAACGCGUCGCAAUUGUGCCCGAAUCCGCAAAUUGAGGAGUUCAAACCGAAAAAGGGAUCGAUUUUCGGCGGAACCCGUGUGAUCAUCACCGGAAUCAACCUCGGACGCCACGUGUCCGAUGUGGAAAAGGCGGUGCAGAUUGCGAAUGUACCGUGCGAAGUGGUCCCGGAAGAGUACGUUCCGUCGCAGCGCAUCGUGUGCAUCACCGGCAAGAGCACGAUUAAGGGAAGCAACGAGCGCGGUGUUGUGGCGGUGCGUUUUUAGGGAUUUUUAUACAAAAUUUUCAAAAUUUUCACAAAAACCCAUCAUUUUUCUCUCCUUCUUUGCAGGUGACGCUUCGCCACGAUUCUCUGCAAUUUUUCGCGCACUCGACGGAGCACUUUUCCUAUGUGGAGCCCGUCGUUUCGUCGAUGAAACCGGUGAAGGGACCGCGAUCCGGAGGCACCGAUGUCACGCUGACCGGCGUCGAUUUGGACACGGGCUCCGAGGUGACGGUCCGAUUCGGACAAGUCGCCUGCAAGGUUUUGGGUACGUUUAGGUUACUGUAGGUAGAGUACUUCUAUCAAAAAGUUAUUCAUGCGAAAAGUUUGUACACACACACACACACACACAGAACCUGCAUUAUAAAUUGAAGCAUUUACUUCUUUGAGAACCCAUUCUGAGGACUUUUGGUACAAUUCACUUUGUUUUCUUUUUCCGACGUUUCGGUCGCUCGACCAUCAUCAGGGAACGGCAAUAAGAAGUGGAAGAAAGGGCUCCGCGACAUUUCGGCACCAGUCAUUUCGACACCAAAAAAAGCGAGAAUUUUUCAUCAAAACUCUUUCGAAUUUUACUGCGCGUCAUAUUAACGUGAACAAAUUAUACAGAACAACAAAGUUUUGAAGAAAAGAAAAACAAAAAUUGGAAGAAAAAUCAGAACGCGUAUCAUAAAAACUUAAAACGUAAAAAAAAUAACGAUUUUUUUAAAAAAAAUUUAAGAUGAGCAAUAUCCCGUAAGAUGUCGGUACACGAAUUUGUGCAUAUGACGCGCAGUGAAAUUCGAAAGAGUUUUGAUGAAAACCUUUGACUAGUACUGCGAAAAUUACAAGUGAAAUUAGACUAAAAAAUUCUCGCUUUUUUUGGUGUCGAAAUGGCUGGUGCCGAAAUGGCCCGGUGCCGAAAUGGCUGGUAACGAAAUGUCGCGGAGCCGCCGUUCCGAAGCGUCGUGGGUCCUCAAAGAAGCAAAAUCGCUCUCGAAAAUGCAACAAAACGAUAACUUAACAUAGGGAAAUUUCCAGGGCAAAAAUCAAUAAAUUGCAGCUCGAUCGUCCGGAUGGCUGACUUGCCGAAUGGGACCGUCGGCCGAAGGCGGCCAACUUCCGUUGCACAUUGCGUUCGACGAUCAACUCCAAAAUCUGCCCAUCCCCAUUUAUUUCGAAUUUACGUAUGUAGAGCAAAAACGUAGUGAAAAAGUGUCUUUGAACACUUUUUGCAACGGAAAACAAAAAAUGAUUUUCAGAUCGGACCCGUCUGUCCAAUCGAUUGCUCCGAACAAGACGAUUCCGUCGGGCGGGAUUACGGUAGAUGUGUACGGGCAGGGAUUCACGCUCCUCCAACGCCCACGCAUGGUCUUCGUCGGAUUGGGGUCGGUUUUUGUCAAGUUUUUCCUGGAAAAUAAUCUGAAAAUCCGGGUUUUAGCGACGAAAAAUCGUUGGGACCGUUGUGCCAAGUGGUCGACGAUCAACUGAUGAAGUGCGCGACGCCGGCGGUUCCGGGAAGAUCGGAUUCGGAAAAGUUCACGAUUGAAAGGAUCACCGAGUACGUGUUCGAUUUCGACGGAGCCGAACUUUAGUGAGUUUACGAGAGAGGCGAAUUCAAUAAAAACGUCGAUGUUUCAGUCGUUCGCGGAUAAAAGUGAUGCCGGCGCCGUCGUUCGAAACGCUUGCGGAGCCGCGUUUCGUGCGUCCCGGCGAGGAUUUUCUGACGCUCAACGGAAACCAUUUGAAUUUGGCGGCGUCGGAACGGGACAUUACCGUGUCGGUGGGCGGCGAACCGUGUCCGCUGACCGCGUUGGCUAACAAAGUGCUCACGUGUCAGCCGCCCGUCCGCAAACCGCCGGCCGUCGGCAAAUUGAACCCCGAAAUAGUGGUGGCGGUGGGAAACGCGACGUUUUCGGUGGGCGAAGUCUCGUACGACUCGCCCGGACUCUCCUCCUCGCUCUUUUUCAUCAUCUCCAUUUUCAUCCUCUUCAUGAUCGGACUCAUCAUUUGUCUGAUUGUUUUGUACCGCCGCAAGUCGAACACGCAUCAGAGACAGAUGAAGUACUUGAAGACGCAAAUGGACACGAUCGAGAUGAAGGUUUGUCGGCCUUUGUGCACGUAUUUUUAAAGACAUUAUGGGUUGUCUGACAUGCUGAAUCGAAUGGCAUUCGCGGUUUUUUAGACAACGUUCCAGUAAAGGAUGUCUUAAUUUUCUAUUUUUUCAGGUGGCCACAGAAUGCAAGGAAGCAUUUGCCGAACUGCAAACGUCUCUGAAUCAGUACACGGCCGAUUUGCCGCUCGGAACGCCGACGGCGCCGUUUUUGGAGUACAAGGACUACUGUGCGAGGGUCAGUAACGUAAAAAAGAUAAGGGAAGAUGAUUUAUGAAAUUGCAGGUUCUGUUCCCAACUGGCGGCAAAAAUCAUCCGGUUCUGAAGAAUUUGGAAGUGGAUACGCACAAAGCGGAAGCCAUCGAAGCGGGACUUCGAGAGUUCCACAAGCUGCUCAUGAAUAAGGUAUCCGUUUCUUGAAAAAAAGAAACAUGCAAUUUUAUUCGAAAAAAUCGUUCGAAUUUGCAGACGUUCUUCCUGACAAUGGUGCGAACGAUGGAGGCGAACAAGUACUUUGUCGGCAAGGAUCGCGUCUACGUGGGCAGUCUGCUGAUGGUCGUGCUGCAGGAGAAGAUGGGCUACUGCACAGAGAUGCUCAAGCAGUUGCUGCGCGAGCUCAUCGAAAAGACGGUCGAGAAGAAGUUUCAGCCGAAAAUACUGUUCCGUCGGAGUGAGAGCAUUGCCGAACGCAUGCUCGCCGCCUGGUUCACGUUUUUGUUGCACGACCAUUUGAAGGUGGGCUUUUUUUUUUGAAAAUUAUUCACAAAAACGAAUUGCCAGACAUUUGACGCCGGGAAAAAGCUGUACGAGCUGUUCUGGGGCAUCAAGCAACAAAUGGAAAAAGGGCCGCAGGACGCGCUCACCCUCGAAGCGCGUUAUUCGCUUUCCGAGGAGAAACUGUUGCGCGCGACGUUCGAGUACAAAGAAUUGACGGUGUUCGUGUCGUCGGCCGACUCGAUCUACACCCAAUCGGACAUUCCGGUACGGGUGCUCGACUGCGACACGAUCACGCAGGUGAAGGAGAAGUGUCUGGACGUGAAGUACCGCGGAUUCCGCUACUCGGACCGCCCGGCCGCCGCCGACCUCGAGUUGGAGUGGAAAACCGGACUCAACGGGAAGAUGACACUACAGGUUUGCACGUUUUCAGUGAAACGUCAUACACUACACUGAAUUUUUCGAAAUAAUCAUGAUUUAUUGCAGGACGUAGACUCGUCGUCGCGAACGGAAGGCGGAAACUGGAAGCGCUUGAACACUCUGGCCCACUAUAACGUGCCGAAUAAUGCGAUACUGACGCUCGCUUCGAAAUCCAACUCGUUGUAUAAUCUGGUGAAUUUUUCGUCGUGCUCCGUCAAGACGACAGCGGUGCAUCUUUUUUGCAUUUUUUUUUAAAUGUUUAAACUUUUUUUUGGCCAGAAAGUUGAGACCUCUCACGUUUUACAACCAUGACGAAUGUCAACCACGUGUUUCGCAACCAGUACGCGAGUAACUGGGUGCCCGAUCAGAAGUAUCUCACCAUACUUUUUGAAAACGGAGGGCGCCCCGCACCACAUCUGUUUAAAGUCGAUUCGUUAAAAUAGUAUCACCGAAGAGCACCCGGCAACUUCUUUAAAAUACGCUUGGCUGCGAAACAUUGCGGUUGUGGAAACGAAGAGGUCUCACUAGGGAAUGGUCCCUCAACUUUCAACAUUUCUUCCUUAAAUUCUUCUAUAAUCCGCCACUUUUCCGACUAAUUUUCGCCCCACGUUUGCAGAGCAUUCUAUCGGAUCGCUCGGAAAAGUCGUCGCUGUCGAUGAAGACGGCGGGCGUCGGAUCGCCGAAGCCGUGGGGCGGCGCGCCUCCGUCCGUAGUGGCCGAUCAUGCGUCUUCGUCGGCCGACACGGACAACGGCUUCAAACUGUACCACCUGGUGCGGCCGACCGAGCACGGACCCACGGAUUCGCAGGAGAAAAUGGUGACGGAGAUCUAUCUGACGCGGCUGUUAAUGAUGAAGGGCACGCUGGCCAAGUUCAUCACCGCCCUCCUCGAGAGCAUUUUUUCGGCGCGGAACGUGCCGCCGUGCAUCAAGUACAUGUUCGAUUUUAUGGACGAACAAGCCAGGGAACAUGGCAUUAAUGAUCCGGAAGUGGUGCACGCGUGGAAGAGCAACGCACUGCCGCUCAGGUUCUGGGUCAACCUCAUCAAGAAUCCGUAAGUUUGCCUUCUUCUGGCUUUUUCCGUUCUUUGCUAAAGCGAAUUUUUGCAGUCAAUUUCUGUUCGACAUCCAGAAGCCGACGAAGAUCGAGGGGUGUCUUUCGGUGGUCGCGCAGACCCUCAUGGACGCCUGCUCGACGCAGGACCACCAGCUGACGAAGGACUCGCCGAGCAGCAAACUGCUGUUCGCGAAGGACAUGUACCAGUACCGCGACCUCGUCGACGGCUACUACACGGAGAUCGCGCAGGCGCCGCGCAUCGACGACGCGACAAUGGGCGCGAAUCUGACGGCCGAGUCGCGGCAGCACAACGGAGAGUUCCACGUGUUCUCGGCGCUCAACGAAUUGUACAAGUACUUGGAUCAGUACAAGGAGAGCAUUAUCGACGCGUUGGAGAGCAACGAGCACGCGCAGGCGAGCAGGCUACCCGGCAGGCUACAGGUUGGUUAUUUGUACAAAAACACUGUGCAAUGAUUCGUUGCAGGACCUGCUGGCCCUAAUGGAAUCCGAUUACUAUCGGGCGACGGACUACGAAUCGUCGACGCUGGGCCUCGGCUACAACUCGAACAGCCGUCUGAUGCCACGUGAUCGCAUCUGA